ACACCUGUCAGCAGCAGGUGUGGCUGAAAUAGACUAAUCCACUAAUUUGAAGGGGUGUCCACAUACUUUUGUAUUCAUCGUGUACUUUGUUCAGUUAGUUAAAGACGUCAUUGAAACACUACAACUGGACUUUGGUUUCUCUGCCUUGCUAUCCGCACACUCUCCCAACCAAGUACAUGUGGUGUUACACACAUCCUGAAUCUUGUGAUGGCAGACAAUAGGAGUAGUUAUAGCAAUAGGAGUAGUUAUAGCAAUAGGAGUAGUUAUAGCAAUAGGAGUAGUUAUAGCAAUAGGAGUAGUUAUAGCAAUAGGAGUAGUUAUAGCAAGUGUGUUGCUGUUCUCUACUAAAUAACCUGGCAGUGUUAAUUCCAGAGUCCUACACAAUAAUUAAUGUGUGGAGGGAAAAAGCCUGGACACUCGCCACAGACGGCUCUCUCCUAUAGGAGAAAAACACUGGUGUGCUGUGAAGAGGGCCACAGACACUGACAAGCUGCAAGAACAGGAUGAAGACACCGAACAGGAAGUGUCAGUUCAUCUCGAUACUUCAAAACUCCUAAGAACUUCAUAAAUCCAGUGUGUGGGUCUUCCAGUGAGUUGGAGAGGAUUGAGGAACCAUGGAACAGUUUGAAACCUUGAUAUGGACUAUACCUAUCACUUUUAUACUUCUAAACAUUGAACCCUGUUUCACAUAUGAUCCAGCCAUCUAUAAAAUAGGCGAUAGAGAUUGCAGAAUGUGUAGGCCUGGAUAUCAUGUAAAUAGUCAUUGUACUAAAUCUACAAUCACCUCCUGUGUGCCCUGUAUUGACUCCACAUUCCUUGAUGAGCCCAGUGGUAAAACAACAUGCAACAACUGUACCACAUGUGGUCCAGGUUUGGGUUUGAAGGUAAAGCAGCCAUGUAGACCUUCAUCAGACACUGUCUGUGGGACACUGGAGGGGUUCUACUGUCUAGACCCAACUAAGGAUGGUUGUAGAGCAGCCCAGAGACACAGCAGCUGUAAACCUGGUCAAUACAUCAGCCACACAGGAACAACAUCUACAGAUACUGUGUGUGCUGACUGCACUGGUGAUACCUAUUCAAAUGGAUCAUUUACAUCCUGCCAGCCACACACAGAAUGUGAUACCUUGAAGCUUCAGCGAAUUAAACCUGGAACUCAUUCAUCCAACUCUGAAUGCGGACCACAGACCUCCCUUCCCAUAGCUGCAAUAAUAUCUCCUGUUGUGGUGGUGGUGGUGGUACUAGCUGUGAUACCAGUGACGACAGUAGCUAUUAGAAGAAGAAAAAAACCAUAUCCUGUAUCUGAUAGGCCUUUUCAAGAGACACAAAGUCCUACAGAGGUAUCAGACACAGAGGGAACAUCAAUGCUGUUUGUGGGAACAAGAACAGAUUCAACCCUCCAGGACAUUCAUCAGAGCAAUCCAGUCUGUGUGGUUCAUUGGCUUGAAAACUAGACUAGGCAGUAGGGCCCAAUUUCUGUACACUACACGGUAAAUGUGAUCUAGACUCAAUUUUUAAAUAAAUGUUGGAGGCUGGCAUAUUUGUUUUGUGGUGUACAGAUAAAAAAAGACCAUGACCUUAAUAGAUGGCCUGAAACCCUCAAAUGUAACAAACAGAUGAUCCUACAACAUCCCCAUGGACCUUGUGGAACUUGUGCUUCUGGUGAUGGUGUACUGUAGCUUCUGUUGACACAAACUGUCAAAGGACCUGCGAAUAAUAUGGCCUGGACACUGGUAUGGAAACAUGGACUCCCCUUACAUGUUGUGUGACCAUGGAUUUGUAUAAUCCCAUUCACCACAGAGUAAACCACAAGGUACAAUGGUGCAAAGUGUAAGCGAUGUCCAGUGUGUGACCCAUGAUGCAUACCAAUGGAGCAAAGGUUUUAUAUAGCAUAUUAUGUAAUUCAUAGUGGCGUAUUGUAUUGCACUUUUUUGAUUCCAUGGGUUUAUAAUGUCCCCUCUUGGGAUUAAUAAGUAGCGGGUCUGCUAUAAAAUAUAAUUAUGUUCAAGUGUUCCAAUGACCUUAGCUACAUUGUAAAAAAAAUAAAAAUAUGAAAGCAAAUUGAUUGAAGCAAAAUGUGAAAACUGCA